UCUCGCUGACAGUCUGUCCCCGGGUACAGGCUCUCUGUGACGGAUUCAGUCAACGCUUCAGCCCGGCGUCUGGUUCUUCGGACUUUCUAUUUUUAAAAUAUCUUCAGCAGUCUGCAGGGUGUUGAAGACGUCAGAACACACCUGAAAAGCAGCAAGUGGACACGAAUUAAGUGUUUUUUUCCCUCUCCCUCCGGUCAGCUUGAGUCGGUGUAUGCGUCCAUCCCACUUUGUCACUUUUUUGAAUUUCUUGCUGGGUCCGGUUCUGUGGGUGAAAGUUUGAGACUUUGUGAGACUUUGAGCAUCAAAAAGUCCUGUAGUCUACAGGAGGAGAGCAGAGACAUCCUGCUGACAGGAUAACUAACCAAGUUGUUACCGAUGGAGCCCCGACUGACAGAUAAUCUGAGGGUUGCGGUCAUCCUGCUCGUCCUCCUCUCUACAGGUUCAAGUGAAAAUGACCUUGACAUGAAGUUUUGUGGCACUUGGCGCCAUGGCAGUGGCUCCCUGAGCCUCAGUGGCAACGUCUCCCCAGGCUGUGAUGGCGUCUCAAUAUCAGCCAAUAAAACCACUCUGUCCAUCAAUGGGAAGAUCACGGCCCAGUGCAAGUGGUCUGAUGUAAUUCCCCUCGAGAAGUUUGGAUUUGAUUCAGCCAAGGAAAGUUUCUUCUGUCUGUACUGGGAGCCACUGCUGGACCAGUUAACGCUGCAGAUCAGAGGAAAGCACUUUACUCUGUGCUGGCCUGCCAGCCUGCAGGGCAGCUGCUGCACGGAUCUAACUCAUGGCCCCAACGAGCCCGAAGCAUCCUUCGGCAUCGUCAAUGGAAUGGUCAAAACUGAUCAUGUCACCAGCAAAACACUUACGGCCUACAAGUUCAAUGGAACAUACAUCGACUGCUCGAAAUUAUGUGAUCAAGCAAGCCAGGGAUCCAGCCAUGUCAAGAUGAUCAAAGACGUUAUGGAGAGGUCCUUGCUUGAAGCCCUUGUCGAGCAUCCCUGCGCUCGCAGCUCUGAGGUGGAGAUGAAGAAGGAUUUUAAAGGCUACAACUUGACAUCGCCUAUCACUAAAGCUGUGUCUGCAGAGCCCCCUGUCACUGUCCAGAUCCCUGUCGCUCUAAAACAAGCUGCACUAAAGACCAACAAAGUAGUCUGCACUUUCUUCAAAAACAACUCCCUGUUCCAGAAGGGAGACAAAGAGCACAGGAUUCUUCACGACGUUGUGGGAAUCACCGUGGAGAAUGAGGUCAUCACUAACCUGCCUGAGCCAAUUCGGAUUGUCUUUCACCAUGAUGUCAUACAUAAAAAAUAUUUAAGGAAAUGUGUUUCAUGGGACACCAGGACAGAUCCGUUGCAGGUCAAGUGGUUAGUGACUGGAUGUGAGACACGUCAGCGAGGAGCAAAUCACACAGAGUGCCUCUGCAACCAUCUGACGUACUUCUCUGUGCUUGUGGACCUGGAGCCUCGCCCAGUGUGCCACCUCCUGGCACUGACCACCAUUACAUCUCUGGGCUGUGCUGUGUCUGUGAUCAGCUGUGUUGCUCUUAUCGUUUUCCUCUGCAGGAAGAGCAGGCUUUCUAAGGAGCAGUCCACACCUAUCCACUUGGGCUUAACUGUCUCUCUUGCCUUCCUCAACCUGCUCUUCUUUUUUACUGGGGUCCUGGCCAACGUGGGAGGGGAGAGUGUGUGCACCUGGGUGGGGGCAGGCCUCCACUAUGCCCUGCUCAGCUCCUUUGCCUGGAUGGGCAUAGAGAUUUUCCACACCUUCUGGUUGGUCUACGUGGUUUUCAACCCCUCGCCAAAGCCCUAUGUGUGGUACCUGGUCGGUUUUGCUCUCCCUGCUGUGCCCAUUAUCAUCCUGGCUGCAGUAGGUGACAUUUAUGGAGUGAGAGAGGUGCUGCCAUGUGAAGACCUAUACAGUCCUUAUCUGAUGUGCGGGAUGAAAGGUAACGGCAGCGCCUUGCUGGCCCACUACUUCACCAACAUCACAAUGCUGGCCAUCCUGGUGUCCUCGGGCUUUGUGAUGCUCUUCCUGGUCUAUAGGGAGAUACGCACCAGGGACGAAUGGAGGCACAACCAGGUGGCUUUUCUCAGCAUCUGGGGCCUCAGCUGCCUCUUUGGGACCACUUGGGGUCUGACCUUCCUGAACUUUGGACCUCUCUCUGACAUGGUUAACUUCCUCUCCUGCAUCCUCAACUCUUUUCAAGGCUUCUUCCUGAUGUUGCGGUUCUACAUGCUGGACUGGAUGCGGAAAAAGGCCGGUGGCUCUGCUGUAGGCAGCACCAGCACCGGAUCUACCAGACAACACAUGCUAGAGGACAAGAGUUAGAUGGAAAUCUUCUGGAAGUCAGUGAAAAAAUAUGGCUGGAGAGUAGAGAUAUAAUUGACAGCUUGCUGGAAGUAUUUUAAUCAACCCCAUCCUCUUAAAACAGGUUCAAAAAGAUACUUGAUUACUUGAUUUUUCUUCUCUGGGACAGUGGAGAAGAGAUGACACCAUCACUCAGGAACUCAUAAUACAGGCCUGGAGCCUAUAUUUGCAGAAUACCUAGACUGGGUCUAUUUAUAGAAGGGAAAGAAUCUCUUUGAGAGUUUUAAAUUGUACGCUGGGAAUGAAGUUAAGCUUCCAUUCUAUUGUCUGUAAAAAAAAAAACUAUAUAAUGUAAUA